GAACACGGAGGAGAUCGACGAGGGGAGAGUGCCGCCAGUCCUCAUCAUCCCACGUGGGAUCGGGGAUGGUCGCAGCCGGCCUGGCUACCUUCCCGUUCGCUUGCUGGUUUUGUUGCAGCUGAUGGCACAGGCCUUUGCUCCGCCACCAGCACCUUUUGACAACAUAGACAUGUUCGCUGGUCGAUGCAGCAUCUCACGUGCUUUCAAAGCACAUGGGAAGUCUGUGGUGGCACUGGACAUUUGUCUUGAUCCCCGAGAUGACAUUCUUUCUCCUUUGGGGUUUAUACGUCACCUCUAUGCAGCUAUGCACAUUGCCCGUGGAGGGCUAUGUUCCAUGGGUGUGUGCUGCAGCAGUUGGACAACUGUCAACCGUGGCACAUCGGGCAGAACUACUGAGAAUCCACUUGGCCGCACGUGGCUUCCAAGUGUGAAAUCAUCAAAUUUGAUGGUGGUUCGCGCGGUCUUGAUCAUCUUGACGGUUAUGUAUCACCAAGGGCAUUGGAUGUUGGAAAACCCGCUUUCUUCGAUUAUCGAUCUGGCUCCACGGAUGCAAGUGUUACUGGGCAAUCGCUUGGUCUUCCGUGCCAUGACUUGGCUGGGUAUGUAUGGUGGAGCUACACCAAAACCAGUAAAGCUGCUCUCCGAUGAUCCCUACAUUGCCCGGCUUUACCGGAAGUUGAAAAGGCACGACUUCAGGAAGAGCGACACGACUAUUCGAUAUAUCAACAAACGAGGAGUUGUCAAGUUUCGAGGAUCAAAAACCUUGAAAGCGAGCCAAACCUAUCCCCGAAGUUUCGGGCAUUCAGUUUUCAAUGCCUGGAAUAGCUAUGCCCUGAGAGAGCCUAAUCACCCGGUCUUCAUUGACCAUGGUGACCUUUGGGACGAUGCCGAGCUUGGGGGUGUAGAAGCUUGGUUGGAGGCCCGUUUGCGGAACCGGGGGAUGUGCAAAGACUACCUAGCCGACGUCCCGCUGCGUCAGAUGGUGGAUAUGGAUGCGACCUCUUUGGAUGACACGUUGCCGGCGACAGAGUCCCAGCUCACUGAGGCUCAGGGCAACAUGUCUUGCAGUGCUUCAGCCAAAGAACCUGUGCAGGAUGUGACAGCCGAUGGGACACCAAUCUCGGCAACGUCAUGCAUCGUAAUUGACUUGGAUGAUGAUGCUGAUGAACUGCCAGAGGUGGCGCCCACUUUGCCGGACUUUGAAGCAGAAAUAGAACAACAUUUGAUGGCCGACGCUGCAUUGCACAGCGCCCAGGCGUCCCAGGAAGAAAAGGAUGAACACAUGAUCCGAUCACGAGUGGAGAAAAUGGAUGACCACGAGUUUUCCAAAGCCAUGGCCCAUGCUCGUGCUAGCCCGUUACUGGGCAGCUAUAUCAAGAACGGCUUGGGUUUGGAGGGCGAUGACCUGAAAGAGUUCGAGUUUGGUGGUUUUGAUGAGCUGGAAGAACUGGUGAACUUUGAGUUGUGGAAGCUUCAGCAUGACCGCAAGAUUGCAACGGCUGCUCCCGCUCCUGUGCCAGCCGCAGCCCCACAGGUUGCAGUCGCUGCUACUCCAGCACCUGAAGCAAAGACACCAGUGCCCAUCCUCCGUAAACCCAAAGUUAGCUUUGCAGAGCCUGUCCAGGCUCCUGCCAAGCCUGCCAAGUCCAAUUGUGCUUCUGCGGGCUUUGUGGUUGAAGGGACUGCUGUGCCCGUGAGCUAUGAAGAUUACAAUGAGCGCCAAAAGCACUAUGCUCAGAUGAAGAGGCAGCUGAAUUCAGAUGACCCUCAAGGUGAACAUGGAAUUCCCGAGGACAUUGUAAGGGCUUGGAAAGCUGCUGUCCAAAGCAAAAGCAAGCAUACAAAGACUGCUCUUUUUGCUGCGUUUCUCAAGUCUGGGAAGAACUGGGGGCGGCUGAAGGUGAAGCACACUCGGAGCCGGACUGAACGGCAGACUGGAAGGCGUAGGUAUGGUUGGCGUACACGAGACCAGUUGCUGAAGCUUUACAACGGGAACACGAACCUUGUGGAACAAAUCAUAGACAGGAAGCUGUCCAUGAAUGAAUACAAGGAACACCCAGACUGUCCGGACGACGAUGCAGCCAUCCUCUACUAUGUGAUGGUCGACAUUGACACGAUCCAUGACGAUGAGACGGCAGAGACGCUGGAGACGUCAGCAAACAUGUCAGCGGACAUGGGCACCGAGGCGGCCCAGCAGCUGGGAAAUCCCGAGCUCACUCAGCACCUGUUGCACAACACCUCGACGACGCCACGAAUUCUGCAGCUGAAGGGUCGUCAGAAUCAGAGCCACCACCCUGGUAGCUCUGGUGACCCUCCACCCGGGGUAGACCCUGCUAUGGUGGACCCUGCUGGUGUGAAGGCUGCAAAUGAUUUGGCAUUGCAGCGGAUGGCCAUGUACACGGAGGAGGGGCCGUUCUUGCUAUGA